CGCACGAGCUCCACCCAGGUCGCAGGCAGCGCGGUCGGCGGCGGCUGUUUCCCGCCAUUGUGCGAAGUGGAGGCUGGGGGCCCGCGCGCGUCGCGCCUGCCGGUCGCCAGCAGCUCGUCGGCGGCUGCCGCUGCAGCCGCCGCUCCUUAAGGCGCGAGGAGGCCGGGUGGCCCGCGCGCCACGGCUGGCGCUGCGUGGGAGGGCGCGAGAGAGGAGCGGCCGAGCCCGGGAGGAGGAGCAGGAGAAGAAGGGGCGCCGGACGCCCGGCCGUGCUUGGCCCGCGGGUCGCAGCCGGCCGCGCGGCGCCGACCCCGGCCCCUCGCCGAGAUGCCCUGUGGGGAAGAUUGGCUCAGCCAGCCGCUCGGGAUUGUGCAAGGCUUCUUCGCCCAAAAUGGAAUUAAUCCUGAUUGGGAGAAAAAAGUGAUUGAAUAUUUUAAGGAAAAGCUGAAGGAAAGUAAUGCUCCUAAAUGGGUACCAUCAUUGAACGAGGUUCCCCUUCAUUAUUUGAAACCUAACAGUUUUGUGAAAUUUCGUUGCAUGAUUCAGGAUAUGUUUGACCCGGAGUUUUACAUGGGAGUUUAUGAAACGGUUAACCAAAAUACAAAAGCACGCGUACUUCAUUUUGGAAAAUAUAGAGAUGUAGCAGAAUGUGGGCCUCAGCAAGAAGUUGAUUUAAACUCUCCACGAACUACCACUUUGGAAAGACAGACUUUCUAUUGUGUUCCAGUGCCUGGGGAAUCUACGUGGGUAAAAGAAGCCUAUGUUAAUGCAAACCAAGCUCGAGUCAGUCCUUCAACAUCCUACACUCCCAGUCGUCACAAGAGGAGUUAUGAAGAUGAUGAAGAUACAGACCUGCAGCCCAACAAGCAGAAAGACCAGCAUGCAGGUGCCAGACAAGCAGGAAGUGUUGGAGGUCUUCAGUGGUCUGGAGAGCCAAAACGUUUAGAAACUGAAGCUUGCACUGGGCAGCAGCUGAACUCCCUGAACCUCUCUUAUCCUUUUGAUCUGAAUUUUCCCCUGCCGGGAGAGAAAGGUCCUGCAUGUCUUGUAAAGGUCUAUGAGGAUUGGGAUUGUUUCAAAGUAAAUGAUGUUCUUGAGUUGUACGGCAUACUGUCUGUUGAUCCCGUGCUAAGUAUACUGAAUAAUGAUGAAAGGGAUGCCUCCUCACUGCUGGAUCCAAUGGAAUGCACAGACACUGCAGAAGAACAGAGAGUACACAGUCCUCCUGCUUCAUUAGUGCCAAGAAUUCAUGUGAUUUUAGCCCAGAAGUUACAGCACAUCAAUCCGUUACUGCCUGCCUGCCUUAACAAAGAGGAGAGCAAAACCUUUGUUUCCAGUUUCAUGUCUGAAUUGUCUCCAGUCAGAGCAGAACUGCUUGGGUUCCUCACUCAUGCUCUCUUGGGAGACGGACUGGCUGCGGAAUACCUUAUAUUACAUCUAAUCUCCACAGUAUAUACAAGAAGAGAUGUUCUUCCCCUGGGAAAAUUUACUGUUAACUUGAGUGGUUGCCCACGGACUAGCACCUUCACAGAACACUUAUAUCGAAUUAUUCAACAUCUUGUUCCAGCAUCUUUUCGUCUGCAGAUGACUAUAGAGAACAUGAACCAUUUGAAAUUCAUUCCCCACAAAGACUAUACAGCCAAUCGCUUGGUUAGUGGGCUCCUCCAGUUGCCCAGUAGUACUUCUCUUGUAAUUGAUGAAACUCUUCUGGAGCAAGGGCAGCUUGACACCACAGGUGUUCAUAAUGUGACUGCCCUGAGCAACCUGAUAACUUGGCAGAAAGUGGAUUAUGACUUCAGUUAUCACCAGAUGGAAUUCCCCUGCAAUAUUAAUGUUUUUAUUACUUCAGAAGGGAGAUCACUCCUCCCGGCAGACUGCCAGAUUCACUUACAACCACAGAUAAUUCCACCAAACAUGGAGGAGUAUAUGAACAGCCUCCUGUCUGCGGUGCUGCCUUCUGUACUCAAUAAAUUCCGCAUUUAUCUAACCCUUUUGAGAUUCCUGGAUUACAGCAUAUCUGAUGAAAUAACCAAGGCCGUCGAAGAUGACUUCGUGGAAAUGCGCAAGAAUGAUCCCCAGAGUAUCACUGCUGAUGAUCUCCACCAGUUGCUCGUUGUAGCUCGGUUUCUGUCUCUCAGUGCUGGUCAGACUACACUGUCAAGAGAACGAUGGCUAAGAGCAAAGCAGCUAGAGUCUUUAAGAAGAACCAGGCUUCAACAGCAGAAAUGUGUGAAUGGAAAUGAACUUUAGAGAUCUGAUACCCUUGAAAUGUAAAGUGCAAAUGGUGGUCACAUUACUGUAAAAUUCAAAUACCAUUUAUACUACAUCAUUUUGUAGAUAAUUUGUAUCAAAAACCAAUGACUUUUCCUGCAAUCAAACCUGGUAACAUAUGAAAUUUAUAUAAUGUUCAGUAAGGGCUUCUACCUUAAUGAUUUUAUGGAGCUUUUGAAAUUUGUUUUAUAAUUAUACAAAUUAGUAACAAUGGUAUAAAAAUGUGUUUGAUAUUAAAAGUUUAAUAUUGAUAAUGUUGCUGAUUAUACUAUUUCUUUAGCUUCAGCUAAGUCAUAGGCCAGACUCUGUUGAAAUGCUAGUGUUAACUUCAUUUGAAGAAAAUUGUGAUAUUGAAAGAAUAAUCCUUCACCUCAAAUUUCUUUCUCUUUCCAAUUAACAGUGGUCAAAGUUUGGGAAAUGUGGCAUACUUGCCAUUAAUUCACAUGACCACAGUUUAAAGGCCAUGAGAAAUUCUGUCCUAUCAGUUCUGAAAUGACCACAGCUUUUUUCCAUUUAAAAAUUGUUAACCGUAGCUUCUCCCCUGGGAAGCCUAGAAGAUAUGUUGUUCAGGUACUAUUUUUGUUAACAUUGUUAGUGAGAAAUAAUUUAAACAGUGAGUCCAAGAAUUCAAAGGCAAUUAGCAGAUGUUCUUGUGACUGUUUGCAUCAGGUCAAUUUAUUACUCCAGACAGAUAUGCACUGAGCAUUUCAGGAAAUAAACAUUGUGUGUGCCUGGAAAAAAAAAAAAAUUGUUAACCUACACAACUAAUCUUUCACUUGGAAGUGGUUCCUAGACUUAGAUUUCAUGGA